AUGAAAGAAGUCAUAAAUCUAGAAUCUGAAGAAAUUGACCAAAAUUCUAUAAAUGACCCUAAGGACUCUUUAGAGAAGGCCCAAUCGGUAGUUAUUUCCGACGAAACCAAGAAUAAAGGUGAUGUAUCAUCAAAUGAACAUAGCGACUCUAAUAAUUCUUCUAAACCAAGACGAUCCCAGAAAUCAAAGGGUCAAAUGACAUUUGCAGAUUUCAAAGGUAUUGCGUUUAUUAAACCUAAACCUACUGAUCUGAAAGAAAAUGGAAAUAAAAUCAAGAUAAGAAUAUCUCAUAACACACCAAAGGUUAUCACAUCAAAUGUUUCGAUAAAAUCAAACACACGUUCCAAACCACAUAUAAAACCGAAAUCAACCUCGACAGUUCCAGCUAUAGAAAGUAUACCUAAAAAACGUGGAACAUAUUCUGAUUUGGAAUCUAAUCGUUAUAAGAUAUUAAAAACAGAACAUCAUAAGAAAGUUCCAAGUUUAAAGACAUUACAGAAUUUGUAUUGGGCCCCGAAUCUUCCAUUAAUGAAUAAUGAUUUUAGAGUUGUUGACGACCAAAUAAAUGAAUCAUGGAACCAACAAUUUUGUGAUAAACCUGAACCGCGUGCAAAGGAUAUUUUAAAAGUUCUGUCGUUUGUUAAUAAAUUUAGUCAAUAUUUUGAUGAAAAUAUAAAAAAUAUAUCAUAUUCAGAUAUCUCAAUUGGUCUUACAUUAGGAACCUCCGAUGAGAAUACCGGAAGUCGUGAUGAUGAAGAAUUAGAGCACACUCAAAAUUUAAUGAACUUCAUGUUUUUCAAUUUUUUAAAAUUAUUAUUUAGUGUAAGCGACAAGAAAAGUUCUUACAAUAUUCCAAACCUGGAGAAGUUUUUAAACAUUAAGCAACCUUAUGGGAAAAUGGUUGGGAGACUUCAUUCCAAUAUUAAAGAAUGGGGCUCUCCAAAGGAAUGGAGAUACGAAUUAUCUAAAGAUGAAAUUCAUCCGGAGCAAAUUGACAAUACUUUGGUAGACCCGUCUUCCAAUGAGAUCUUAUUCGAUACAAACGACAUGAUCCCUUUGCAUCAACCAUUUCAAGAUGAAUACCAUCCAUUAUUCAUGAAAACUAGAUCAAUUGUAGAUUCUGAAGGUAUAUAUGCAAUUGAUACAUUCAAAGAUAGAGUCGUGGUAUUAAGUUAUUUGGUAGAUCUGAACACAAGAUAUUCCUCACUUAUUCACGAUGAAGUUAACAGUAUGUCACACUGUCGAAAAGAUCAACAUUAUACACAUCUGGUACCAAAUUUCUUAAAAGAAGGUUUCGCUCAAACAGUAGAAGAUUUCACUGAUUUAUGUGAAUCUAUUGUGAUCUAUAUCAAUGCUAAACGUACUAGUAAGUAUGAAAGAUAUAAAGAUAAGCUACCUACACUUGAUGAGAUACGAGCUGCACUUGUUAACGUGUUAAAGACUAAUACAGAUGAAAGAAGGGCAAAGAUUUUAUCAAUGUACGAUAAAUGGGUAAUUCUAUUGGAUAACACAGUACCAGAUAAUUCAUUAUCCGAUCCGUACCUGGAGGAUUCCGCAAAACUUCGUUUACAGGAAUUCUUUAUUGCCAGAGUAAAUGAAAUAGGUGAUUUUUACAUUCCUAGAAUGAACACAUAUAAUAAUCCUAAUAAGUACACUAAUUUUUAUGUUGAUUUACUAUCAUUAUUAAAAUUGUUCAAAAUGUACGCAAAUGACGAAAUUGAUGAUAAUGUUAUUAAUAAGGAAUUUGAAAACUCUACCAAACCUUCAUUUUCAAUAUUAUAUCGUAAUACAGCAAAGAUGACAAACGAUUGGUUUAAAAAUAAUGGUGCAUCUGAGGAAAAUUAUUGGUUUGAAAUUUGUAAUGAUUCUCACUCACUUAAAUCUUUUAAGACCAAAAUUGAAGACAUCUUAUCUGGUAAUGGGACGGGUGAAGUUUCAGAUUUAUUAAAAGAUAUUAAGUACCAAGAUACAAAAAGAACGUUGUCUAUUUUGAAUGAUUAUUUGGAUAAAAUUUAUCCUGUUGUUAAAAAAUUUGAAAAUUUGAAACCAACACACAAAAGUCAUGAUACCAUUGAUAUGUUAAGAGAUGAUAGUGCUCCUAGACGAUCUACAAGAGGGCGCAGCGCUAGAGUGGAUUACGGUUUUCAAUCAGAAGAGGAAUUUGAAAAUGACAUUCAAGGUGAAUCAGAUGCAGAUUUCGUCAACGGUUCAGAGUCUGUCUAUGACGAUGAAGGACAGAGGCAUAUACCUGCAGCUGACAACGAUGAAGCUGGCACUGAAGCAUCGGAUACUCCAACACAAAAGAUAUCUCGUGAACAGAGAUUGCAAUCUAGAAGAGAAAGACAUUAA